GUAGUUGUUUACUGAUGUCAUAUACACAGUGCGCCGGUGGUGUCAUGGUCAGGAGGCGGGUCUUGAUAACCUCGACGUUCGCCGACAUCUACUGCGCACAUCUGUAUGCUUGUGGAAACUUCCGAUACGGGCUGGUAAACAAGAAGUACCAGAGAAAUAUUACAACAAUAAUUGUUAAUCUCGGAUUGAGAGAGUCGUCCUGCCGUUACCAUGGCCACACCUACAGCCGUGUACUCGUUUUCACCAGGGGAUUUACGGGUGACGAAGGAUAUGAAGAAGAAUUUCGAUGACCAGGGUUAUAUCAUAAUCAAGGGAUUAUUUGACCAAGCGGAGAUGGCAAACCUGAAAAAAGUGUUUGAGGACGGAGGAAUCAUCAAGAAUAACGGGUUUACGAUGGAAGAUGGAGACGGAAAGAAGGCAAAAAUGGCCGUGUGGAAUACUCCCGGAAAUGACGUGUCUGGAAUGAUGGCACGGUGUGAGAAGGUCGUCAAUACAUGUGAAGACCUGUUGGGAGGUGAAGUUUAUCACUACCACUCCAAACUGGUGUACAAGGACCCCUUCAGUGGAGGGUCUUUUCUCUGGCAUCAAGACUACGGGUACUGGUAUCACAACAGCUGUCUGUUUCCCGACAUGAUGACGGUGUUCGUAGCCAUCGACAAAUGCACCCGAUCAAAUGGCUGUCUGGAGGUCCUGGCUGGUUCCAACAGGUGUGGUCGCAUCGCCCAUGAAGUCAUACGUGGUCAAAACAGCGCCGACUCCGAACGAGUAUCUGCUAUCAAGAAGAUCUGUCCCCAGACUUGCAUAGAGUUGGACCCAGGUGACGCUGUAUUCUUCCAUUGUAACUUGCUGCACACGAGUUCUGGUAAUAACAGUGCUGACAGACGAUGGGCCCUACUGGUGGCCUAUAACACAAAGGCAAACAACCCUUUAGUUCCCCACCACCAUUCCCAGUAUAUUCCGAUACAGAAGGUGCCGGAUAGUUCUGUGAAGGAGUGCACGAACUACCAGGAUUUCACUGGUAAGGAUUUCUGGGACCCAAGCAAAACAGAUUCGGCUGGACAAGCUAUCCUCGAAAAACAGGCUAAAUGUGAAAAGUGAAUAUGAUUUCAAACCAAUGAUGACGUUAGGUAUACAAUAAGUACUGAAUACAUAUUGUAUACUGUUAUUUUUUGUAAACUGGUUAGUGUAUGUGUAACAACACCGUUGAAAGCUGUAAGGAUAAUAAUAAUAUCAUAGAGUCGUCUAUCUUCUACAUAAAGUCAUUUCUGUCAUAUUAAGUUAUAUAUUGAGUGAAUAUAUAGUGAUAUAUUGAGUUUCAUAUUCAAUCACUUUAUUACCAAAUAUCCAAGUCUUCGCUGGUCUGGUAUGUCUUUCAGCUUCAAUUACAUAUCAUGUUAGUUAUGGCUGUAUCAUCAAAUCAAAUAAAUAUCCGUUGUAUUGUUACAAUGCUUGUCAUUCUGUGUCUUUACGAAAAUAA